CCACUGUGUGCCAUUCAGCAACCGUCCACAACUCAAGUUCACAGCAUAUUAUAUUAUCCUAGCACCAAUUGCGUCGAACGGACGCGGCGCAUCAAAAUGAUAACCGAAAUUCUCGUAUUUAUAUUUACAACAAUAGUUUUUUACGCCCUGUAUACGUAUAAGUGGGGGCACUAUUAUUUUCAGUCGAGGGGUUUGAAGUAUAUACAGGGGGUUCCCCUGUUUGGGAACACGCUGCGGAGUACUUUCGGAGGACACCAUAUGAUAUAUGACAUUGACCAAGUGUACAAGGCGUUUCCCAAUGAAAAGUACGUGGGCUACAUGGAGGGCACGAAGCCGCACGUGCUGGUCCGCGACCCCGGGCUGAUCCGGCAGCUCACGGUCAAGGACUUCGACCACUUCCUCGACCACAAGAGCUUCUUCACUGACCAGAUCUUCAUGGACAGCUUGUUUAUGAUGAAAGGCGACAGAUGGCGCCACAUGCGCGCCACGCUGAGCCCCGCGUUCACCGGCUCCAAGAUGAAGCAGAUGGUGCCCUUCAUGAACGAGAUCAGCCUCAAUAUUGUGGACUAUUUGAAAGAAAAGGAAGGCGAGACCAUCAACGUGGACGACAUAAUCCGUCGCUACUCCAACGACGUCAUAGCCUCUACCGCGUUCGGGAUCCAAGUGAACUCCCUGCGGGACCCCGACAACGAGUUCUAUAGGACUGGCCAAGCCGUGAUGACCUUCACACUGUACCAGAAGAUGAAACUGGUGUUUAUGACUAUGUUUCCAGGUUUAAUGAAGCACGCAGACAUCUUCCCCCAGUCGGCGACGGAGUUCUUCAAGCGCAUCGUGAGCGAGACCAUGCAGUACCGGGAGAAGAACAACAUCGAGCGACCCGACAUGAUACAACUGCUCAUGGAGGCUAAGAAAGGAACUUUAAAAGCUCAAGGCGAGGACAAAUUAGACAAAAUAGGAUUCGCCACGACCGAGGACAUUGAAGUCAAGCCGCAAUCAGAGAAAUCAGACUGGACUCAAGACGAGUUAGCCGCCCAAGCGUUCCUCUUCUUCGCGGCUGGCUUCGAGAGUGCAGCAUCAGCCAUCGCACUGGCCAUCCACGAGCUGGCCAUCAACCCUGCAGUGCAGAGCCGGCUGCACGACGAGGUCAAGCAGACCCACGACAAGCACGGAAGGGUUAACUAUGAAGUUAUACAGGGCAUGAAGUAUUUGGACUGCGUUUUUAGUGAAACGCUUAGAAAGUGGUCCCCAGCUAUCGUCAUGGACCGCGUGUGCGUGCGGCCCUACACGCUGCCGCCCGCCAGUGAAGGCGCCAAGCCUGUAAAGGUGAACAUAGGCGACGUCCUGUACAACGUGGUGAACUCUCUUCAGCUCGACCCGCAGUACUACCCGGACCCGCUCAAGUUCGACCCGGACCGGUUCAGCGACGAGCGCAAGCACGAGAUACAGCCUACCACGUACGUGCCGUUCGGGAACGGGCCUAGGAACUGCAUCGCCUCCCGAUUCGCGAUCCUAGAAGCCAAGGUGCUGAUGUUCCACCUCAUCCUGAACUUCGAGGUGCUGAAGACGGAGAAGACCCUCGACCCCAUCGUGCUGAGAGCUGGCGACUUCAGCAUCAAGGUCAAGGGCGGGUCCUACGUCCAGUGCCGCGCGAGAAAGUAGACAAAGUGUGUUUAAACCCCGACAAAACAGAGGUUUAUGUUUCAGUUUAACGCGGCUAUGUGUGUCUGAUAUGUAGGUAGCGUAGCUCCAAACGGCUGAAUCGAUUAUCGAGUCGUAGGUAAUGUUGCCCUGAGUGUUUUUAGCCAUAUUUUUAUCAUAAUCGGCUUAGCUGUUCAAAAGAUGCGCCUUUUAGUUUGAAUGUCGGGGGUUUUUAACGGGUAAGGUUAUUUUGGUUGACGCAGAUGGAGAAGUUACCGUAGGCUUUAUUUAAGUUAACUCUUUAUUGUGCAAUAGUGAAGUUAAUAUUUAUAUCGUUCGUUUUCUUCUAUUUCAUAUUUAGUGAUGCAUUUUGGAAAGAGUUAUAUGUAAGUGGAGGUGAUAAAAGAAGUACAUUUUAGAUUACAUAAGUUUUUCAAUUAUAUUUUUUAAAAUAAGUUAAGUACGUAUGUUAGUUUGAAUUUUAAAAGUUUACAUUUAAAUUUUCAUCGUUAUACUAA